UUGAAUGCUAAAAUGCUGAACUAUGUACGACUAGCGAAAACAGUUACAGACUUGAUGCCGGAAGUAAUGGUAGAACAAUUAAAAUCUGAUGCAUUCGACCUCACAGAAAAUACCAGGUUGACAUUUCGAUCUCUAUUUACAUCUUUCCAACUGCAAAACAAACAUAAACCAACUACCGGAGAGUGGGCAAGUCCAAUGUGCCCGAAUGAAGACACUGAGAUAGGUGUAGGUGAUGAUGUUAAACGUUGGCGUUUUAUCCUCACUGAACUCAAGAAUCAUUCAAAAAUCAGCGAAGAAUCAUUCGUAGCUCUUGAAAAGGUCUUGGCAAAUGUGUUUAUCAGAUCUGAGAAACUUUUCGAAAGUUACUCGUUUGUUAGCAAAUAUCAAAAGAUAAUGACUGGAACAUUUGAAGCAAACGAUUAUGAUUUCUAUCUGCAGAAGGUAAAACAUGAAAUUAUCCCCGAAACAUUCGAAAUCAACAUCAGACGCCAUUACCAGAUGAUUAUGCAGGAAAUAUCUGUAAGCAAAGUAUUGGACCAAAUGAUGACCCACUGUAGGUUAUCAAUUGAAGACAGACGCCAUAUUGAACACCAUGUCAAACAGACUGAACAAAAUAAAGCGUUGCUAGAUAUAAUCAUUGAUAGGAAUCGUUCCACGUUUAAUAUAUUUAUUGAUGCUUUGCGGGAAAGCGGAUACGAUGAUAUAGCCGAACUACUCAGCUGCGAUCUAGAAGAUAUCACAGUAGAUACUAGAACAGCACAAAUGGAAGGAUUGUCAGCAUGGACUGUUCCAUUACAUAAGGUACGUCUGCAGAAGAAUUACGUAGAUAUCAUAUCUACCAUCAAACACGAGGCCAUAGUAGACCAUUUGAUAUCGUGUGAAUUAUUAACAAUAGAUGACCAGCAAAUUAUAGAGGCUUGUCCAGCACAGACUGAAAAGAACAGGAAGUUGAUGGACCGACUAUUGCAUUGUGGAGAGAAAUGUUUUAUGGAAUUUCUAAAUGCUUUACGUUCUGAUGACAUUUAUGCAGAUCUUGCAAAUCAGAUAGAACAAACAGAUGUCACCAGUAUUGAUAUUGCUACUCUUCAGGGCUGUUAUACAAAAAUGUAGAUAAUAUAUAACUUGUAAACUGAGUAGUUAUACCCAUUCAACCAUGAAAGAUGUAUUAACAUGUAUUACGCUUCAAAUGACGAAACACGCAUGCACAGGGAUUAUUAUUACAGGAACUUUUUCUUCGCUUCUUUUUAGCUCAUCGAACUCAAAGGGCCAAGUGAAUUUUUCUCAUCACUUGGUGUCCGUCGUCUGCGCAAGUUUUGUCUUUUAUCUUGAAAACCGUUAUAAAAAGACAAAUUCUGAUAAAUCACUGAACAAUGUUCAAAAUGUUGAGAUCAUUGUACCUACAGUCCAUUAUUUAAGAAAUGUCAGACGACUUCUUACAAGAGUUAAAGCCUUUGAAUGGCGAAUUUGACAAUUUUGUUUAUUUUUGCAUACUGUGAAAGAAUUUUUAUUCAUGGGUAUUAAUUGUCGUGAUUUGAGCAAAAGUCAGUGGCGGAUCCAGAGGGGGGCGUGGAGGGCGUACUUUUGCUUGCACUUUUUUUUUUGUAAAAUGAUUAAUCAGACUAGACUUCGUGAACUUUGCCAUUUUCCGCGUAUUUAAUUUUUAUGCGGCAAUUCUUUACUUAUAAAGAUAUGUUCGCUCGUAUAACUAUUUACUGUAAUAUAUUAUUGAUUAUGUCAAAGUCAUGAGAUUCGCUACGCUGGAGUUGACCAGUGCGUCGAUAAAACGUCACUCAGUCAUUUUGAAAUUCAAAUUACAGUAACACAUUGCUUAGGCUGAGGAUGACAAGCAUGGGACCUUCAAAGCGACAAAGGAUUGAGCAAGAACGUAUUUAUUGACUUCUAUUUCACAAUUCCGCCGAACAGAAAGUAAUACUCUAUUACACUUUCAUGAAAAAAAGUUCCACAGCAAUAUUAUUUACCUACGAAAACAUGUUUAACCCAACACGCCCCAGCCUAUUAAUAACAUAGCUGAAUAAUGAUCCGCAGUCGAUAAGCUCUAGGUCAAUUUAAGGUCUAAGGUACGGACCAUUUGAUUUGAGGGGGCAGUCUGAGAUGUUUGAGAGAAAAAAUUCUGACCCUGAUUUUUGCCUUAAACAAAAAUUCUGGCCGUAUCUGGAUUGAAAACAAUAAUCUUGUCCACAUUUUUUACUAUUAGAAACAAAAAUUUCAAACAGAAUUAUUUAGCAUUAAAUGAACAUGAUGAAUAAAAAAACAGGCGUAAUUUUUUUGGGGCCGGGAGUUUGCAUGUAAAUCCCAUAUCUGACCGGAAUGUCUGUUUUGUCGAACUGAUAAAAUGAACACUUUUUCAAGGCCCGACUGCAACCUGCCUGCUGGGUGUUGCCUUUAUGUCUCCAUUUGUCGACCGUCAUUCAUAUAUUCGUUGUCAUUUCAGACUCAUUCGUAGCCUUUGGUUGAUUUGAAACCCCUCACUUCCCUUGUUGGGUGAAACAUUUCAACCAAACAUUUGGAUAAAAAUUGCUUGUUUGUCUUUCUUAACUCGUGUCGGUCGUAUUGUAAAUUUCAUUGAAUAGCUCGGCGUAUAUCUUGUUUACAAGAAGAAAUCCGUGACGUUAUGCUAACUAAACAUACAACAAACGAGAAUUUUCCAUGUCAAUUUUUUACUGACAAGUCCCACAUCAAAUAUAUUAGUACAUAGCUUUGGAUCCAUCCAAUCAUUUUAUAAUAGACAAUUAAUGGGGAGAAUACGGCAUCAAAAAUGUCCAACCCUUACACUUUAACUAUAAAAUAUACAUGCCUUACGUCAGGAACCGUUAAAAAAGUGCAUUUUACACUUAUUUUAUUUUUUUAGCCAAAAACAGGUCCCAA